ACAUAUUUCCUACCUUAAAACCUCAGGAAAUACUACAAUGCAUGACAGAAUUAGGAAUACCAUUUUCAGAGGAAGAUCUAAGUAAACCUACAUAUCAGCGAAUGAAACUUGUAUAUGAAGCCUUUUCUGAUAUACUUAUGGGUAUUACAUGGGAGAAUUAUGAUAAUUUUGUUCGCGCAUGCCAUGAUGAACUAGAAUACUCGGGAAUCUAUGUGGAAUCGCUUGGAAUUAUUAUAUUUCACCAGAAAUUAAUAAGAUUAAUGACAGAAGUGGGGAUUGAUGACUUUUCUAUUCGUGAUUUGAUAAAACCGGAAGCAGGACGUGUUAAAAAGAUACUUUCAGCAGUGAUUAACUUUGCAAAAUUUAGAGAAGAACGAAUGCCAGUUUUUGAAACACAUGCACAGAAAGCAGAGUCGUAUGUUUCUAGACAUCAAGAUCUUGUUUUUCAGAACCAAGAUUUAUCAGAAAAGCUUAAAAAUUUAAAAAUGAAACAAGCAGAUGAAGUAUCAUUGAUCAAGAAAUCAAAAGAAAUCAAUGUUGCACUUACGAAUGACCUUCGAGAAUUAAAAAAGAUACAAACAGCUUUAACAAAUGAAAUUGAUGUUUUGAAAAGAGAAAAGGCGGAAAUUGCAGAACGCCUGUCAAAUAAUCAAUUUAUUACAGUUAAUACAAAGCAAGAAUGUAUGAAACUUCGCUCAAGAAUUGUACAUUCUCCAGAGAAAUUAAAACAACUUAUUUCAGAUAUGGGAUCGUCAUUAGCAUCAGAAAAAAGUUCUAUAGCAUCAUUAGAAAAAAAAUCAAGAGAGCUUCAAAAUAAGAUUGAUGCAAUUGGAACUGUUGAACAAGAUAUAUUGAAUUGUAUAAAAUUAAUGGAAGAAUGUGAGAUUGAAAUCGCUAAAGUAGAAGAAGCAUCUCGUAAAGUUGCUAAACAUCAAGAAAUGGUAGACCAAAAAGAAUUAGAAGUGCGUGAAGUAGAAGUUAAAGACCAGCAAUUAAACCGACAAUUAGCAAAUGCAGAAGAUAAACUUGCUAGAAUUCAACGUUCUGCUGAAGCAAAACGUGAAACUGCUCAGAAAAAAAUGGCCGAAAUACGAAAAGAAUAUAAUAUUAUAACAGUCGAACGAGCAGAAAGAGCACAUGAAAUGGAUAGAAAAAGAACGAUAAUUGAAUCUACCGAGAAAAAAAUAUCAGAAUUGCGUUCUCAUAUUGAAUCGGAAGUAUUAGCUAUUCAAAAUGAAUAUUCGAAACUUAAAAGUCAUGUUGAACUCUAUAUGGAUGAAAUGAAUCGAUGUAUGGAAAUAGCAACCACUUCAUAAAUAUUUAUAAUUUUAAAUAUCGGUUAUACAAC